AUGUUUUCACCGCUGCUUCUUACGCUGUGUCUGCACUGGUUUAUCCAGAGGUCGUCGACCUUCCAGGUGUCUGUGAACGAUGAAGGUGUGAUCGUGGCGACUCUGGAGAGCUCAGACCUGCAGGAGAACGCCACGGCGUACGCCGCCCAGGUGUCCGGAGAACCUCGACUGAUCCUGGUUCAGUUUGUGAACAGCAGCGAGCCUGUGCUGUUCAACACGUCGUUUCAUGGCCUCUGCUACACUGUGGGCCUGCUGGUUAAACUGGGUCAGACCUGGUCCAGACCCAUCAAGACUGUACCUGUACUCACAAAGCCUCUUCCCGUCCACACUGUUCAAAUAUCGGACUACAAGGAGUCUCCAGAAACCGGUGUGGUGUUUGAAAUCGACCCUCCAGCCAGAAACGUCUUCAGCAGAGUCAACAUCAGUUACACUGAGGGACAGGAGCGACGAUCCAUGCUCUAUAAAGAUUUUUACAAAGGGAAGACGGUGUUCAAGCACUGGUUACCGGGGGUGUGUUACCGUAACAUCACCUUCCAGCUGAUCUCUGAGGCAACUGUGUACCAGACUGCGCUGGUCACACACAGUGACAUCACACACUCACCUGUACACCACAGGACAGUGCCCUACCCCCCCCUCAACAUCUCCCAUAAGAUUGUCCACCUGAGUCAGAGGGCGGGUCCAGGUGAGGCCUCCAACACGGCCCCUCCUGAGGGGAACCAGGACGGCGGACGAGCCUCCCGUCAAGCCCGGGACGCCCCGCUGAUGGAGGAGAAGGAGCAGGAGAUGCACACGGAGGAGGAGUACAUCUCCGAGGAGGUGGUGGGAGUUUCCACUCAGAUCCCCUUCAACCCAACACAGAACCUGACAGGAACCGCCCCCGGCGACUCAAACCCCAACCAGACGACGGAGGCCGAGACUCAGAGCUACUGGCUGGAUCCCACUGAGCCGUCUCCCGCCGACAGAGAGGACGAGUUCGUUAACGCCGUGGUGUCAGAGUACGAAGACUCCAACGAGCCAGGUUCGGCCAUGGGCCUCCCCUCUGAGCCCUCCGUCCUGCCCACCAGACUGCCCCCCAUCCUGCUGGAGCUGCGCUGGCUGCCACCCAGACCCCCCACCAGCUACGACGGCUUCAACAUCUACAUCUACAGAGACGGGAACUCGACAGAAACAGCCACUGUGGAUGAAAACACUCACGAGUUUUUCACCGAGCUGACGGAGCCGGGAACGUACCGAGUCCAGGUCACCACGCUGAGCUCAUCCGGAGACUGUGAGGCCAGAGAGAGCGCCGCCGACACCGGCUUCACCUUCUACCUCAGUCCUGGUGGGGAGCUGUUGGAGGAGCUGCGGGACCGUCCUCAGGCCGUCAGCGUCCGACUGCUGGACUCCAGCACUGCCGCCGUCUCCUGGGCCGCGUCCUCCGAGAACCACAACGGCAGCUUGGUGUCGGUGGUUUCUACAACCUGCCUGAAACCCAGCCUGAGCCAGAGGAUGGAGAACACCUACUGCAGCGAGGAAAAUUCGACGAGUGACGUCAUUACUAACCUGACGCCCGGGGCUCAGUACAGGGUGGUGGUUUAUCACACCAACGGACCCCUGAUCAGUCCUCCGUCCGAACCCGUCAUCAUCGACAUAGAGCCCACAGGCGUCCGUGAGCUGGCUGUUUACCCUCUGAGUCCCACGGCGGUGAUCCUGAACUGGCAGCGUCCGUACCACGUGGCCUUCAGAAAGUACGUCCUGCAGACCUUCUUCUUCAAUCCGGUCACGCUGUCCUCGGAGUGGACCACCUACUACGAGAUUGCCGCCACCGCCUCCGUCAUCGCUUCAGUGAGAGUGACUGACCUGCUGCCGGCGUGGUAUUAUAAUUUCCGUGUUUCCAUGGUGACGUGGGGCGACCCUCCGCUCAGCUGCUGCGACAGCUCCACUGUGAGCUUGGUUACAGCUCCUGAGGCUCCUCACAUCUCCUCCGUCGAUUACUCUCAUGGCGUUCUGUACGUUCGCUGGACGUACGGCGAACUCUUCAUCGACCUGUCGCACUCCAGGAUGCUGCACUGGCAGGUGGUCGCUGUCGGCAAGAAAGGCGCUGAGAAGAGCUACUCCAUCGAUGUGACUCGUAACGUGAUGCGGGCCAGCCUCCCUCUACCUCCAGGUGACAUCUACAACCUGACGGUGACGGCCUGCACCGAGCGCCGAAGGAACACCUCCAUACCAAACAUCAUCAAACUGGAGCCGGCUCCGCCCAGGUCCCUGUACGCCGUGAACGCCACUCACUCGUCCGUGACUCUGCUGUGGACCGAGGAGGGAGUGGUGGACUACUACCAGGUCCUCUGUCGACCCAACGCAGCCAGCAAGGAGCUGAAGGCCCGUGAGCCUCAGAUGGCCAGCUCCCACGUGGUGAUCGUUUCUGGUUUGAUGCCCUCGUCCACCUACAACUGCACCGUCACCAGCUUCAGCUACAGCACGCCCAGCAAACCUGCACACAUCACCAUCACCACUGUCGCCAAAGAGAUGAACCCGAGCGUCGCCGCCAUCUCGGCUCUGGCCGUGCUCAGCAUCCUGCUCAUCGGCCUGCUCGUCCUCUUCCUGCUGGUCCUGCGCAAGAAGCACCUGCAGAUGACCAGGGAAUGUGGAGCAGAGACUUUCGUCAACUUUGCUUCGUUUGAAAGAGACGGCAAACUUCCUUACAACUGGCGAAGAAGCCUCUUUGCCUUCCUUACCCUACUGCCAUCCUGCCUUUGGACUGACUAUCUUUUGGCUUUUUAUAUUAAUCCUUGGAGCAAGACAGCGCUAAAGAAACGGAAGCUAACAAGCCCGGUGCAGCUGGACGACUUUGACGCCUACUUUAAAGAAAUGAGCAAAGACUCGGCCUACAAGUUCUCCCUGCAGUUUGAGGAGCUGAAGAGCGUCGGCCUGGAUCUGUCCCACGAUGCAGCAGACCUGCCCGUCAACAGACCGAAGAACCGAUACACCAACAUCCUCCCAUACGACUUCAGUCGGGUGAAGCUGAUCUCGAUGCACAACGACGAAGGUUCAGACUACAUCAACGCCAACUACAUACCUGGAUACAAACAUGCUAAAGAGUACAUCGCCACCCAGGGGCCGCUGCCCGAGACCCGCAACGAUUUCUGGAAGAUGGUUCUGCAGCAGAAGUCUCCGAUCAUCGUCAUGCUCACGCAGUGCAACGAGCGACGGAGGGUGAAGUGUGAUCACUACUGGCCGUUCACAGACGAGCCUGUGAUGUACGGAGAGAUCAGCGUGGAGAUGCUCUCUGAAGCCGAGUCUCCGGAGUGGACCAUCAGGAAGUUCAGACUGGGAUACGCUGACGAGACUCAGGACGUCCUCCACCUGAACUACACCUCGUGGCCGGAUCACGGCGUCCCCACGGUCAACGCCAUCGAGAGCAUCCUGCAGUUCGUCCACAUCGUCCGUCAGCAGGCCAACAGGACCAAAGACCCCAUCGUCGUCCACUGCAGCGCUGGAGUCGGCCGGACCGGGACCUUCAUCGCUCUGGAUCGUCUGAUGCAGCACAUCAGAGAGCACGAGUUCGCAGACAUCCUGGGCAUGGUGUCUGAAAUGCGAUCGCACCGUCUGUCCAUGGUCCAGACCGAGGAACAGUACGUGUUCAUCCAUCAGUGUGUCCUGCUCAUGUGGCAGAAGAAGAAGCAGCAGUCCAUCACCUCCGACGUGAUCUACGAGAACGCCAGCAAGACAUAAUGACGACACUUCGUCCAGACGCUGUGAACACGCCCGACCUCCUGUGCUUCAGGCAUCCAUUCUGUGCAGAAGAAGAAGAUCCGCUUCCUCAUCAGUAUCAAAAACCCAAACGGCCGAACAUCUCACCGCCGGAAAAAAUUGAGUUUACGUUUGAAUUGGUUAAAGCUUAGGACGGAGUUUUGCCUUAAGGAGCCUUCCACUGACUGACCUACAUGUCCGACCCCACCCUGCCCUCCCAGGCUCGGGCCUCCGCCCGCUGAUCGGAUGUGCACGCCGCGUCCGUGCGGUGGAGCUGAGUCAGCAGUUUUUCAUCUUGUUUCUGUGUUGUAAUCUCAGGAGUCGCUGAAAAACCAGCAAACACGCCGGCCUCUUCCUGCCUCACCUCCUCUUCGGUUCUUUAGUUUUGCCUUCAGCUUUCCCACACACUGCCAAACACGCCGACACGGGACGUCGCCACGCUGAUCCCGGAAAACAGCGACCGCCCUAACAGGCCCCCGACCUGCCACUGCUGCACAGGAGACGUUCACCGAGAGAACCCAGCAAGCAUUCGACCAAGGACGGAGUCCGGAGCAGCAGAGAGCUCAGUCUGAGGUUUCAGGACGUGGACGCUGGUUUUUAAUGGAUCAGUUAGAUUCGAAUUUUUACUGAAAGACUAAAACUUUACUAAACUCGAUCGUGCUCCGUGGAGUUUGAAGAUUGAGACAUCGUCAAACCUUCGUGGUCGCAUCAGCUGACUCAAACAUGCUGAAGGAAAAUGUUGGUCGACCGCAAUUUUUUAUUUGAUCCGUCGAGUCAAAUGUUUGCUGGGUCUGCACAAGACUUUGAUUCUUUUAAUUUCAGGGCACAAAAACAGUGGAAGGGAACGAACGAGUGUCUCACCGUCCUGUCGCCGUCCCCUCGCUCCUCGCUGUGUUAGAGGCCAGUUUAGACGCUAGAGACUGUGGUUGUAGAGCUGUAGUUUGUAUUUGCACUGAGGCCUCGGAGCCCAGGGGCCUCGGAGCCCCACCUGCUGAAAGAAGAAGGGAAGAGUUUCUGCUGCUCCCAACUGUGGAGGACUAACUGCACAGCCCUGUCCUCUGUAUUCAUCCUGUGCACUGUGGACUCUGUCUAACGAAGGACAACGACACGAGUCCUGAUCUGAGCUGAAGAUUAAUGUGAGACCACUGUGUAGGUUUGUGAUCUCAUCAGCUGCAACAAUCAGCAGAGAAAUGGAUCAUAUCUGAGGACAGAGGACAGACAGUUACUCAGCUGAAGACAUGGCAUUAAGACCUGGAUCAGUGUCUCUGCUCAGACCUGGUCUGAGUCUUCAGGGGCCCUGACGUGAGCUCAGUCACAUCAACACCAACAUCUGAUACAACUACAUUCAAAACAUUAAGAUUUUCACUGUGACACAUUCACUGCUUUUCUCCCAGCAUCCUGCUGCAGCUCAUCAUCAUCAUCACCAUCAUCAUCAUCACCAUCAUCACCAUCAUCACCAUCAUCACCAUCAUCAUCAUCACCAUCAUCACCAUCAUCAUCACCAUCAUCACCAUC